GCACCGUGCGGCCGCCAUGACACUUUCCGCUAGCUCGCGCCCUCCCCCACCGACUCCCUCCUGUUUUCGUCUCCUUUUCUCCGGGAUCGAGCGGCGGGAGGUUCGGGAAUCCAACGUCGCCCACCGUCUGGCCUAGAGAUCCUCCGGUUCCGGUUUCAUUUCAGUGAGAAGUCCUGUGUCUGUCACUGAACAAGUAGUAUCUUCCCGGCUAAAUGCCUUUUGUGCCAGUGAUACCAGAUAUCUACAGCCAUGUUCUUGCUGAGUUUGAGUUACUGGAUCCGUUACUCACAGCCCUGAGGCUGGAUUCCAGCCGUCUAAAGUGCACCAGCAUAGCUGUGUCUCGGAAAUGGCUGGCAUUGGGCAGCUCAGGAGGAGGGCUCAAUCUCAUUCAGAAAGAUGGCUGGAAGCACAGGCUUUUUCUUUCACACCGGGAAGGUGCAAUUUCCCAGAUUUCCUGUUCACAUGAUGAUGACUAUGUUGCUGUGGCUACCAGUCAAGGUCUUGUAGUGGUUUGGGAAUUAAAUCAAGAACGUCGUGGGAAACCAGAACGAAUUUAUGUGUCUUCAGAACACAGAGGCCGAAAAGUUACAGCUCUCCUUUGGGACACAGCUAUUUUGAGAGUUUUUGUUGGUGAUCAUGUGGGGAAAGUGUCUGCCAUCAAACUUAACACCUCUAAACAAAUGAAGGCAGCUGCUGCCUUUGUGAUGUUUCCUGUCCAGACAAUAACCACGGUUGACUCCUGCAUUGUCCAGUUAGAUUAUCUGGAUGGAAGAUUGCUUGUGUCUUCACUUACUCGCUCCUUCUUGUGUGACACGGAGAGAGAAAAGUUUUGGAAGAUUGGAAACAAAGAGAGAGAUGGAGAAUAUGGAGCUUGUUUCUUCCCUGGAAGGUGUGCCAGCGGGCAGCAACCUCUGAUUUACUGUGCUCGCCCGGGUUCCAGGCUGUGGGAGGUGAACUUUGACGGGGAGGUGAUAAGCACACAUCAGUUCAAGAAGCUGCUUUCGCUGCCGCCGCUUCCUGUGAUCACCCCGAGAUCAGAGCCGCAGUAUGAGCACACUGCUGGGUCUUCCCAGUCCUUAGCAUUUCCCAAGCUCUUGCAUUUCAGUGAGCACUGUGUGCUAACUUGGACAGAGAAAGGAAUUUAUAUUUUCAUUCCUCAGAAUGUUCAAGUUCUUCUUUGGAGUGAAGUUAAAGAUAUUCAGGAUGUGGCUGUCUAUAAGAAUGAGCUAUUCUGUUUAUACCUAAAUGGGAAAAUCUCACACCUUUCCCUGUUAUCUGUGGAGCGCUGUGUGGAACGACUGCUAAGAAGAGGCCUGUGGGACCUGGCUGCUCGCACAUGCUGCCUUUUCCACAAUUCUGUCGUUGCCAGCAGAAUAAGAAAAACUUUGACUGUAGAAAAAUUGGAGCAUUUGAAAGCUCAGCUGGACAUUGCAACCUGCAGUGAACUAAUAUCUCAGCUGGAUGAGUUGAUCUUAAAAUGUGAACCUUUGGACUCAGCUUGCAGCAGCAGAAGAAGCUCCAUCUCCUCACAUGAAAGUUUUAGCAUUUUGGACUCUGGUAUUUACCGUAUCAUCAGUAGUAGAAGGGGCAGUCAGUCAGACGAAGACUCUUGCUCCCUUCACAGCCAAACCUUCUCAGAGGAUGAGAAACUUAAAGAAUUUGCCUCACAUCUGGAAGAGGACCAGCCAGAACUGGGCUGUGUCUCCACUGGAAAUGAAGACAGCAUUUCUCAUGGUCCAGUGACUUUUGAAACAGAUAAGAAUGAGACUUUUCUCCCCUUCGGCAUUCCAUUAUCAUUUCGUUCUCCAUCUCCUCUUGUGUCACUUCAGGCUGUCAAGGAAAGUGUUUCUAGCUUUGUGCGUAAAACUACAGAGAAGAUUGGCACCCUUCAUACAAGCCCCGAGCUGAAAGAGAGACAAGAACCCAAGGAAGAGGAUCAGUCAUGUGAAGAGGAAGUGAGUUCGUGUAUCUGUCCACAGGAGGAAGACACUGAAGGGGAAAAAGAGGUAAAUAGUCAACUUCCAGAAGAAGACAGGUUUCAAGAACUCACCAUAGCAACAGCAGAAGCACUGAUCAAGUUACUGGAUCCUCUGGUUUUAUUUGAAUCCAGCUCUUUAAGAACAGUUCUACAGGAAUGGCUUUCCCGGUUAGAAGAAACAUUUGCUGUGGACUUCACAGGCAUUUCCAGUACUGGCAAUGGACCUGAGAAAUCACACCAGGACGUGUUCCUGCAUAGUGAAUCAAAAAAGGGAACACUAGAUGGAGAUAAUGAAAAAGAAAAAAGGGACUCUGUAGGCAUUGAAGAAACUGAUGGUCGAAUAGCUUGUGAAGGUGUAAGUAGUCUGAGGCAGUCUGCCAGUGACUGUUUCCGAGUGUGUUCUCCAUGCACCAUUGCAUACAGUCUUCGGAAGGACCUGGCUGAGUUGACAACAUUGUGCCUGGAGCUGAGUGUGUUGAGUUCUGCAACCAGAAGCACAAGUGGACAUAGGGACUAUUCCCAGCAGUGCCCUCCUGCAAGUUUGGCUUGUCAGUUCCUGAAGAAGUACUUUUUCCUUCUGGACUUGAAAAGAGCAAAGGAGAGCAUCAAGCUUAGUUAUCCCAACAGCCCUUGUGUAUGGGACACUUUUAUUGAAGGACUGAAAGAAAUGGCAAGCUCUAACCCUAUUUAUAAGGAGCUGGAGGAAGGAGACCUGCCAACCAGAUUGAAUUUACUGGAUGUCUCCGUUCCUGCUGAUAGUCCUUUGUGGAUUGCUUAUGCUUCCCGGUUGUAUGAAAAGUUUGGAGAAUCCGCCCUGCGGUCCUUAAUUAGGUUGUAUCCAUCCAUCUUGCCCUCAGACAUCAUGCAGCUUUGUCACCAUAACCCUGCCCAGUUUUUGGCCUAUUUGGACAGUCUGGUGAAAUCAAGACCGGAAGAUCAGUGGUCAUCCUUCCUCGAGUUUCUUCUACAACCAGAGUCUUUAAGGCUGGAGUGGCUGCUUUUGGCAGUGUCCCAUGAAGCUCCACCAAGCACAAACACUGUGGAUGAAGAAGGACAUCCCAGGCCUCACUCACACUUGCUCUCUUGGGGUUACAGUCAGCUUAUCCUUCUUCUGAUUAAGCUUCCUGCAGAUUUUACAACCAAAGAGAAAAUGACUGACAUCUGUAGGUCAUGUGGGUUCUGGCCUGGAUAUCUUACACUCUGUUUGGAGCUAGAGAGGAGAAGAGAGGCCUUCACCAAUAUUGUGUACCUGAAUGAUAUGAGCCUGAUGGAAGGGGACAAUGGCUGCGUCCCAGAGACUGCAGAGGAAUGGAAGCUUCUCCUACGCCUCGCGCAGAACAAGAGCUCCAGGCCAGCUCCCCAUGAGUCACUAAGUGGGAACCUGAGUGAUGGACCUGCCCCCAUCAACGUGGAGAAUGUGGCACUUCUGUUAGCUAAGGCCAUGGGCCCAGAUGGGGCCUGGUCACUGCUCCAGGAAUGUGGUCUGACCCUUGAAUUGUCAGAGAAAUUUACCAGAACCUGUGAUAUCCUGAGGAUUGCUGAGAAAAGGCAGAGGGCCUUGAUACAAAGUAUGCUUGAAAAAUGUGAUCGAUUUCUCUGGUCACAGCAGGCCUAAUUGAAGAUUUGGCAAGAUGUCAUAACAUUUUGAAAAAAAUGGCAUUGUGCUAUGGAACCUUUGAAGUGCACCUGUUACUGAAGAAGAGCCCCCACCUGCUACGUACUGUGUCCUCUGUGGCUCUGUGACCUCAACAUCUCUUGGCCAAAGCUGGAUUUUGGAGGAAGGCUGUGGCCAGAUGUUGGAAGCAGAAUGAGAACGCGCACGAUUGGAAAGUAUUGAUUUUGCACUACAGUAUUAUUUGCUCAUCACCGGGUGUCAGGGCAUUGGUUUCUACUGUGGCUCCUGGGUUGAGAGCAGAAGCUUUUUCCUACAUGAAGGUAGACAUAUCAUGUUACUAACUGGAGUUGAAUCGUUUUUACUUGUUUGGGAAGUUGAAAAAUUACUGAAAUAGACCUAAAUUAAUGGUAUUAACAUAAUAAAUAUUGAAGAUUAAAAUUAAAUGUCAAAUAAGUUGUCCACACCUCAGGUGAACAAAUUUAUUUUAUUUUCAGUAUUUAUUUGAUGUUUUCUAAUCUGAACUUAUAUACCAUACAAUUGACUAACUUAUCACUGGUAGUAUGUUAUCUAUAAUUUUUCCUAAGGAGAAUAGGCCAAGAAAGUCAUGCACUUUAAAAAUAUUAUCUUUAAAAAGCCAUAAUAAAAGAAAGCUGAGUACUAACAAA